AUGUCUGCUCCUUCUGCUGUAGACUAUAAUGUUAUCACCAACGAUGGUGAAGAAGGAGAAGAGGAAGAAGAACCCGCGGCUGUGGAUUUCUUACAGUCCAUGAUGAUGCAAGACGAUGAGCAGGAUGAAGAAGAACCAACUUCCAGCGCCUUCUCAAGUACGCCAUCAGGAGACCCACAAUACAAUCCGAAAAAACCUCUCUGGUGGAAAAAGAUUUCUGGAAGACCCACCAAAGCACAAAAGCGAUCCAUAGAUGCCAUGUCUCAAUUUCGACUUCCAAGAGUGGAUUAUGGAUCAUUCUUGGAUUGGGAGGAAAUCUUUGCAUCAACUACCCCCCAAGAUAAUACUAAUAAUGCAGGACGAGAAAUCUGGUUGGAAAUUGGAUUCGGAACGGGUGACAAUUUGCUUGCCUUGGCACACCAACAUCCCGACAGGUGUUUUGUGGGAGCCGAAGUGCACACGUCAGGGAUUGGCA